CCUUCCAGACGAUGAAGCUCCACUUCAUCGCCCUGGUCGCUCUUGUAACAGCGACAAGCCUGUGCAAUGCGGGGUCCCUGCGGCUGCACAAGAGACAAGCCUCUGACGAUGAGGCUUACAUCGUUGAUACGCUCAAGGACAUUGGAAGAACACUAAAGGACCAGUUCCUUGUUAUCGGCAGCCAGAUACAGAACAAGACUCAAGAACUGAAAGAAACCACGGGAUUUCACGCCCAGCAGAUCAAAGAGCAGCUUAAGGUUCUGUUUGAACAGCUGAAGAUUGCUCGCGAUGCACUCUCUAAAAAGCUUUUGGAGCUCUUCGUCCCUGCAAGGUACUCGAACUCUAAUGUAAACGUCCUCCAAAUUCUGUCUUCCCUCACCAGUCUGCGAGAGAGGCUUCAGAAGUUCCUUACCGAAGUUCAGUCGGCUACAGGCGAGAAGUGGGAAAAGCUCAAGGGGCUUAUCCAGGAGCUGCGUAGCGAAAUCAGGAAAAAGGUGCAGGAGCUUCUACAUGGCUCCACGGCUCUCGCCACUUACUCUGCCCUCGACACAUGGAAUGAUGACGACUAUGAGGCCUACAUCGUGGAUACGCUCAAGGAGAUUGGAAGAACACUCAAGGACCAAUUUCUCGUUAUUGGCAGCCAGAUACAGAACAAGACUCAAGAACUCAAAGAGACCGCUGGAUUUCACGCCCAGCAGAUUAAAGAACAACUCAGGGUUCUCUCCGAACAGCUGAAGAUAGCUCGCGAUGCACUCUCUAAGAAGCUUUCCGAGCUCUUCGUCCCUGCAAGGUACUCGGACACCAAUGUAAACAUCUUCCAAAUUCUAUCUUCCCUCACCAGUCUGCGAGAGAGGCUUCAGAAGUUCCUUACCGAAGUUCAGUCGGCUACAGGCGAGAAGUGGGAAAAGCUCAAGGGGCUUAUCCAGGAGCUGCGUAGCGAGAUCAGGCAAAAGGUUCAGGAGCUUCUCCACGGCUCCACGGCUCCCGCCACUUACACUGCCCUCGACACACGGGAUGAUGACGACUACGAGGCCUACAUCGUGGAUACGCUCAAGGACAUUGGAAGGACACUGAAGGACCAGUUCCUCGUUAUCGGUGGCCAGAUACAGAACAAGACUCAAGAACUGAAAAAAGCCGCUGGAUUUCACGCCCAGCAGAUUAAAGAACAACUCAGGGUUCUCUCCGAACAGCUGAGGAUUGCGCGCGAAGCACUCUCUAAGAAGCUUUCUGAGCUCUUCGUCCCUGCGACGUACUCGGACUCUAAUGUAAACGCCUUCCAAAUUCUGUCUUACCUCACCGGCCUGCGAGAAAGGCUUCAGAAGUUUCUCACCGAUGUUCAGUCGGCUACAGGCGAGAAGUGGGAAAAGCUCAAGGGGAUCAUCCAGAGCCUGCGUAGCGAGAUCAGAGAGAAAGUGAAGGAACUUCUAAAUAGAAAAGCAAAUGACUUAGGAAGCAGUGACGACACCCAGAACAAGGUACGGAGGAGCUCCCCCUUGGCAGAGAGGAACGCUCUCUUUGGCGACAAGAAUGUUCUCUCUGAGAUGGCGUUUGGCUGUUCUGCUGAAGGAACUAGAUGAGGGACAGGAUAAGUUCGAUGACGUUAAGUCGAAGAUUGAACGCCUGCGUAAGGAAAUCAGGUACCAAGUUGGUCUAUAUUUUAAUCGCACUAAAGCCCAACCUGCCUUGUACCAUGCGUUAGAUGAUGAACAAGAAGGUUACCUCACCAAAGCACUGCAAGAUGUUGCUGUUACGUUGAAAGAGAAGUUUCUUGUCCUUGGAGAAAAGAUCAAGGACCAAACUCUCGGAGCUCAAGGCAGCUGUUGGUGAGCACGCAGCUGUUGAUCCAGGAGCAGUUGAAGGACCUUUACGCCCAGCUUCAGCGCGCUAGGGAAGAUCUAAAGGGACAGCUUUUUAAACUUUUCCGGCCAGCAGCAUACGCAUCAUUCGAAGAUAACGCCGCUAUGAUUUACCAGAAAUUGAAUGUGCUUCGUCAGAAGCUUCCUAAUGUUUCUUGAAGAUGUUAAAACCCUCACUGCGGAGAAAUGGGAGCACGUUAAGGAGGUUAUCGCUGAGCUUACGCGAAGAGAUACGGCAAAAAGGUGCGUGAACUGCUCGCGGGACGAACAGGUGUAGUCAUGUACGCGGCCGAAGACAGUGUCCCCAGUCAAAGCGUAAUAGACACGCUUAAGGAUACAGCGAGGACGUUGAAAGAGAAGUUUCAAACACUUGGUCAAAAAAUACGCGCCAAAGUUGUCGAGCUCCAAGACGCAGUAGGGGAGCAAGCUGUUCUUAUCAAGAAACAGUUAGAAUCUCUAAAGUCAAAGUUUAACAAGGCCCACAGUGAACUAUGAAGAAGCUUUUCUCUUUGUUCAGACCUGCGCAAUAUGGCGCUGUUAAAGAAGCACCAGAAGAGGAAAGGCAACUCUCGCUACUGAAACAGAGACUGGACCGCCUCCUUUCCACAAUCGCAGCAUCUCCGCCAGAAGAAUGGUCUGCCUCGGAAGACGCGAUCGGCGAAAUGUGUCGGGAGAUUGAAGAGUUUCUCAAGAAGUACCAGUAGGUAUAGCACUGAAUGAAGAAUAUACGCUCCCUUUUGUGCUUUUACAAGCGGGUCACAGAAUUCCGCUUUUAAUCAUUACAAGUUCAAUAAAGUUUUACAACAAGGACA